GUUCAAACGGACACGGAGAGGGACUCCGCUCUCACAUUGUUCACUGCCCAGCACAAAACGACAACAGCGAAAAAAUCAUUUUCGUUUUCUCGCUCUUUUUUGCACUUAUCAAGGUGCUGAUAAGUGGUGCCAUUGUUACAAUUAGUGUCCCCCGAUAAGUGUCAAACGUUUCCACCACGAUGGAGUCGCAGAUGACGCAAUUAACGUGUGCUAGCAGUGGGGCGGUGGGUGAGUCGGGUGCCGCAGGGGGAGGCUCGAAUGCAACGACAUAUACGAUUUCCGGGGUCAAAGUUGAAUUCCCGGCGAAGGCUUAUCCCUCACAGAUUGCGAUGAUGAAUAAGGUCAUCCAGGGGCUGAAGCAGAAUAAAAACUGUCUUCUCGAAAGUCCGACUGGAAGUGGGAAAACGUUGGCUCUCUUGUGCGCAUCGCUAGCCUGGCAGCGGCAUGAAUACGCUCGUGUCGCAGCGAUCAAUGCGGAGAUCGAGGCCCGCCAGGAGGAAGCCGCUCUUCUCGCGGCGCAGGAAAGGAGACAAGCCCAACAGCGGAACCAAGGAGGUGGUGAAAGUGGCAAAGAUGCUCUAAAGGUGGAGGACGUAAAAGUGGAGGAAUCGUCGCCAUAUUUUCCAACCCAGGCAGGAGGAGGAGGAGGAAGUGCCCCACCCAUCUAUGAACUCACGGAUGACAGUGAUGACGACUUCAAACCGACGUCGAAGCGUCCGAAAUCUAUUUAUAAUCCCAUCGCCUCCUCGAAGGCGGAGGAAGUGUCAACCAAACCACCACCACCACCAGAGAGUCCUAAAUUAGAUGAACACAAGCCCUACUUUGUACCCCCGGAGAAGAAAUUGACAGUGCCCAAAAUUUUCUUUUGUACACGAACCCACAAGCAGAUUGCCCAGAUUACUCGCGAACUGAGAAAGACGUUCUACAAAAGUGUCCGCUCUGCAAUACUCGCGAGUCGAGAACACACCUGUAUCAACCCGAUGUUGAACGGUGUUCCGAAUAAGAAUGAGCAAUGUCGAGAAAUGUUGGACAAUUCGGCCCUUUCUGGGGAUGGUUGCAGUUAUCACAAUGGAGCGAGAAAAUUUGGGAAUUUCAACUAUCUCGAAAAUUACGGCGUUUAUCCCGGCUACGAUUUGGAAGAUUUCGUAAAAGCGGGACGAGUCGCCAAAGCGUGUCCCUACUACGCGACUCGGUUUCUAAUGGCGAACGCCGACAUAAUUUUCUGCCCAUACAACUACCUCAUUGAUCCCAGUAUUAGGAACAGUAUGAAUAUCAACUUUGAAAACCAAGUCGUUAUUUUCGACGAGGCUCACAACAUGGAGGAUGCGUCACGAGAAGCGGGCAGUUUUAUUCUCAAACAUCACGAGAUGACCAAGGCGAUGCAGGAUUGUGAGAAAGUCAAGUCCAUCGGGGGAGCCGAGCCUCACGCGCUGGCUGAAAUUGCUUCCAUGCUCUCUACUUUUUGCACUUGGAUUGACGAUCAGAGCAAAAAUCUGCAAGACAUUUCGUACAAUACGUCAGGAAAGUAUUGGAAUGGGACUGAAAUUAUUGCUGCUCUGCAAUUCUCUGGACUGGACGAGCGUAGCGUGAAAUCUACUAAAGCGUGCUUCACAGCAGUGUUAGAUCAGCGCGAGCGAGACCUCGAAACCGCCAAGGAACGCGGAGUUCGAGCCAGACUUGAAAAACCGAGCAUUUCAGUCAUUUCAAUUUCCAUAAUUGAAAACGUCUUCCGCCUCUUUGAAGACAUGUACAAAAACAAUGGCUGUAAUCGCGACGACUUUCGAAUCGCACUGAUCAAGUCGAUGGAAAAAAGGCGACGCGACGGGCAGAGUGGGCCUUUUAUGACCUUCGUGACCCUAUCCCUUAACGUGUGGUGCUUAAACCCAGCGCUGGCUUUUGGGGAAAUUCGCGAUGUCGUUCACAGCAUCGUCCUCACGUCUGGCACCUUGUCACCUAUGCAUUCAUUCGAGUCUGAGCUGGGCACGCCAUUUCCCUUCAAGUUGGAAGCGUCCCAUGUGAUUGAUAAAAAUCAGGUCUGGGCCGGAGUCGUUGGUACUGGUCCGUCCGGUGUAAAUUUGAAUGGGAGUUAUCAAAGCGCACAGAGCUUAUGUUAUCAGGAUGAGGUUGGCAAUGUUGUUCAAUACGUGUGUGACACAAUGCCACAUGGCGUGCUUUGCUUCUUCCCGUCGUACCAAAUGAUGGGUAAAAUGGUUGAUAGAUGGAGAUUGACGAUGAGGUAUCGACAGUUGGAAGAGAAGAAGUUGAUCGUCAUCGAGCCAAGGUCUGGUCCGGGCGAUUUUGAAGUUGCCAUGAACGAGUUUUACGCGUCUAUUAAAAGAUCUGAAUCUGAAGAGGAUGACGGUGGCGUGACAGGGGCCCUGUUUUUGGCCGUGUGUCGAGGAAAAGUUAGCGAAGGCCUGGACUUUUCGGAUAACAAUGCCCGUGCUGUAAUAUGUAUUGGAAUUCCUUUCCCAAAUUUUCACGACAUGCAGGUCAAGUUAAAGCGGGACUAUAAUCAGGCGAAUGUAAGCCGAGGUUUGUUGCCAGGUGGAGAGUGGUAUGACAUUCAAGCUUUCAGAGCUCUGAAUCAAGCUCUCGGUCGCUGCAUUCGCCAUCGUCAAGACUGGGGCGCAAUUCUUCUCGUUGAUGAUCGUUACAUAAAAAACCCACGCUACAUUCAGUCUCUUUCUCGGUGGAUUCGGUCCUCCGUCCAAAAUUUUACAACUUUCUUCCCCUUGAAGAACAAUAUGGAAUGUUUUCGCGAUGAAAUGUUGGCCCGACCGAUCCCCACGGAGUCUACUUUCGCGCCCCCUUCGCCCUACGGAACGUUCACACUUUCCCUGAUGAACGUAGGGAUUGGUGGAGGCGACGAAAAUGCUUCGUCUUCAUAUUUACUGCCUAACAACGCUCCUCGCUACCCGGAUGGUCGUCUCCACAUCGAGCCGUCCUCCUACUCGGUCGACGAGAGCAGCACCGACUCCACCGAUUUCAUCCCCAAAAGAGGCACAAAAGCUGGAAAUAGUAACAAGUCGAAUAGGUCUUUCAACCCUCCCGUGUCACAAGGUCGAAAAAGCGGAAUAAGUCAAACCCAGCUACAAAAUGUGACUGCUGGCAAGUCACCCGGUAUUGCGGCCUUGUUCGCUAAGCAAUUCGAAUCGUCGAGAGUACACAAUAGUAGCAAUAGGAAUGAUAGCAGCGGUGGUGGUGGUGACGACGACGAACUUCCCGAUACGAGAUAUUCAUCCUCACAAGAUACUCAAGGAGGUCGCAACAAGCGAGGCCGAGACAAGAAAAUUAAGUUGUGAUGAUAAUUAGUUCGUUUGGUUGUGCUCAUACAAAAUACUACCUGACGUGUCGUUAACAAAUAGCUUCCUAAAUCACACACACCGGUAAAAAUAUUUCCCCUUUUAUCACAAAUGCGACAAAUAUUUUACACGUUUGAUCGAUUUACUAAUACUAAUAAUUAUUUUUAAAAUGUUUGGGCUAGAGAAGUAAUAAAGUUUCUUGCUGUAUACAAUAAAA